AGAGACAUCAUAAUGAUAUAUGAAGAAGAUGCUGAGGAAUGGGCUCUGUACUUGACGGAAGUUUUUUUACAUGUUGUGAAAAGGGAAGCAGUCCUGUUAUAUCGUUUGGAGAAUUACUCUUUUUGGGAUUUGGAAUUGCUGAGCUUAAACUCUUACAAAUGUAAACUUUUGAUAUUAUCAAAUGGCCUGCUUAAAGACCUAACUCCAAGGAAAUGUCAGUUUCUGGAAAAGGUACUUCAUUCACCAGAAAGUGUGGUUACUCUGCUGUGUGGGGUGACGAGUUCAGAUCAGCUCUACAAAUUACUAAAUAUCGCUGGAGGCAGAUGGGAGAUGUCUACUGAGCAGGAGCCCCAAGAUUACAUUGCUGUAAUUGAGAGUAUCAUAUUCAGAGAUUCUGACGACUACCUUGAGGUCAAUAUUCCAACAGACCUAGGAGUGGAACAUUCUGGGGAAAUAAGUAAGAGAAAGGAAAUUGAAGAAUUAUCAAAAGCUUCAAGAGACACCAUACCCCUGGCAAUGGUGCUUCCUACUGAAAUUCCAUGUGAGAAUCCUGGUGAAAUAUUUAUUAUUUUGAGAGAUGAAGUCAUUGGUGAUACUGUGGAGGUUGAAUUUACAUCAAAUAGUAAAUGUGUUAGGACACAGCCAACCCGUUGGAAUAAGACAGUCUGGUGGAUGAAAGCUUUAGAUUUUCCUGCUGGCUCUGUCAAUGUCCGCAUCUACUGCGAUGGAGUCAUGAAGGCCACAACAGAGAUGAAAUACUCUACAACAGCAAAGCCUGUGGAAAACCUACUGGGAAUGGCACGUCCAGGAGACGGUGUGUGCCAGAAAGACAUUGAUGAACUUGAUGAUAUUCUUACAUCCAUAUUCAAACAUGAGAUACCAUAUUAUGAGUUUCGAUCAUUCCAACCUGAAAUCGAUCCUCAAAAAGAACAUACUCAUUUCAAAGAACUCCCAACUCUUCUCCACUGUGCAGCAAAAUUUGGUUUAAAGAACUUGGCUAUUCAUUUGCUUCAAUGUUCAGGAGCAACCUGGGCGUCUACGAUGAAAAAUUUCGAGGGUUCAGAUCCAACACAUAUUGCUGAAAGGCAUGGUCACAAAGAACUCAAGAAAAUCUUUGAAGACUUUUCAAUCCCAGAAGUUAGCAGAAAUGAUGAGGAAGAAAAUGACUAUGAAGAUGAUAUUACCUCACUACUUGCAUAUUCUCCCACCACACAGAACCCAGCAUUAUAUCGCGCAAGCGGGCGGACUUCAUACAGGCGGCGUGCGGAAGGAGCUGAGGCCGAUGAACUGGCAAAGGAAGAAAAAGAGAAUGCAUUGGGCACAGAGGCCGAGCAGAGCCUCGCAGAGGUUGGAGGUGGGAGUUCUGUGACCGAGUAUGAUGAUGACUUGUAUGUGUUCAUUCCUGGAGACAAUCCAGAACAUAAUGCACCAGAGCAACUCGUGAGCUGCAGACCCCCUCUCCCCCCGCCACGACCUGUAGCUGCUGCCUCCCAACUGGAAACACCGCACUGCACAUUACAGGGGAAAAUGGUGGAAGGCCAGACGGAAAGAAGUCAAAAUUGGUGUGAUCUCGGAGCAAGACAAGAAACAGGAGGUGAACCCAAAGAAGAAGAAAAGAAAGAAGAUGAAAAGGAGCAGGAGAAGGAGGAAGACCCGUACACGUUUGUUGAGACUGAAGACAGUGACUAUGACGUGAUACUGGCCAGUAUGAGUACAAAGAAAAAAUUGGGGAGUCGGUCUUUUAUUAUAAACAGACCUCCUGCCCCUACACCUCGACCCACAAAUAUCCCUCCAAAAGAGGAAACCACACCUUACAUAGCUCAAGUGUUUCAACAAAAGACAGCUGGAAGACAAUCUGAUGGUGACAAGUUCCAUGGUCUUAAGAGACAAGACAGAGCUCGGAUGGAAAGUCAAGCCUUUUCCACUGUGGACUCUCUUGCUGCUGGGCAGGAAGAACUCAUCCUCUUGCAGGAGAAGGUCAAAAAUGGGAAACUAUCUGUGGAUGAAGCCCUAGAGAAAUUUAAACAUUGGCAGAUGGGAAAGACUGAGCUGGAAAUGAUUCAGCAGGAAAAACUACGCCAACUACGAGAUUGCAUUAUUGGGAAAAGGCCAGAAGAAGAAAAUGUGUCUGAUAAACUCACCAUUGUGCACCAUCCAAAUGGUAAUGAAAGUGCCCGCAAUGAAAAUAUGUUCCAUAACAUACCCUUCCGCAAUAAGCUUCCUACUCGACUCCAAGUUGAAAAGGAAUUUGGUUUCUGAUGCAGGAAAGAUAACUAA